AUGGACAAUACUGACAGAUUAGAAAUCGAAAAUCACCUAAACAUUAUAACACAAAAUAAUCAUAUGGCAAUAACCAAUUUAAACGAACAAAAAGCUAUAGAAAAAGACAGAGACACAAUUUUAAGAAAAUUCAAUAUGAUCAAAGAACAUGACAAACAAUUAUUUAUACAAACAAUCUACACUGACUAUGCUUUAAAACUGAAAAUUUUACAAGACAAUAUAGAACACUUACAAGAUAACAUUUCAUCAGCAAGAUCAGAAAUUUUAGAAAUCCAAGAAGGUUUAGUAAUUGCAAAAAACCAAUAUAAUGUAAAUCUUUCAAGCAAUUGUGAUGAAAGAUCAUUUCUUAUGAAUGGAAAUUAUUUGAUUAAUUUUAACAAUUGUUCUAUAAAUAUCAGCAAGUUUUUAUACCCUUCACUUCGUCGAAAUAAUGGAACACAGACCUUGAACCGCCCAAAGGAUAAUGAUUUGAAAAUAGCGACUUGGAAUGUUAGGACUAUGUUACAAAUAGGGAAGAUGCAAGAGGUAGCAAAUGAAAUGGCAAAAUAUAAAAUCGACCUUAUGGCUUUGCAAGAAAUAAGGUGGGCCAAUAAAGGAAAAAUCGAAAAGCCUCAAUAUACGUUAUUCUACAGCGGAAGCGCACCUGGUAGGAGAACUGGAUUGUAUGGUACUGGAUUCAUGAUAAACAAAAAGUUAAAAAGCACCGUAAUGGCUUUUGAACCAGUUAAUGAUAGAAUAUCUAUGAUAAGAUUAAAAGGGAAAUUUUGCAACAUCACAAUAGUAACCGCUUACGCCCCGAUCGAGGAUGCAGAUGCUGAAGACAAAGAUAUAUUUUAUGAAAAUCUAAGUAAUGUGUGCGAAAAAGUAGAUAGAUAUGACACUUUAAUAUUGAUGGGGGAUUUCAAUGCAAAAGUGGGCAGAGAGCAGCAUGUAGUGAAUAUUGCUGGUAAAUACUCAUUACAUGAAGUAUGCAACAAUAAUGGUCAGCGGUUAUGCCAGUUUGCCGAUGAAAUAUCAAUGAAAAUAAAAAGCACGGCAUUCGAGCGUAAAAAUAUAUACAAAGGCACAUGGAAAGUACCGGGGAGCGGCAUAGUAAAUCAAAUUGAUCAUGUUUUAAUUACAACAAGGAGGGCUUCGUCGAUAAUUGAUGUAAGGUCGUGCAGAGGUGCUAAUUGCGACAGUGACCAUUACCUUGUUAGGGUUACUGUGAGGCAAAGAAUAUCAAAUAUUGCAAAGCAGCGAGGUAAGAAAAAGAUAAAGUGGAAUACAGAAAAACUCUUACAGCCGACCGUCAAAGAAAACUACCAAGAGAAAAUACAGCAUCAUUUGUUCCACAAUGUAAACAGUCAGAACGAAACAAUAGAGAAUAUGACAGAAAAUAUCGAAAAAGCCAUAAUAUCAGCUGCAACAGAAAUAGUGGGUAAGGCACCAACACAACGAAAUAGUGAAUGGUUUGACAGCGAAUGUAAAGAUGCAAUUGAAAUUAAAAAUGAAGCGCGGAAAAAAAUGUUGCAGCGGAAUACAAGAGCAAACAGAGAAGAAUAUAAACGAAAGAGAGUAAUUGCUAAUAAAAUUUGCAAAAAGAAGAAGAAACAAAUGAUGAAAAGUAAGAAAAUGACGAAUGGAUAUCAGCCAAGACUGAAUAUAUGUAGGGAUAAGGCAGGGAAUAUGUUAUUAGAAGAAAAUAAAAUAAUGUCACGUUGGGUAGAAUAUUUUAAAGAGCUAUUAAACGUGCCCCAUGAACAACAACAAAAUAACGAAGAAGAGUUGAUGACGGCAGAGCCCCUGGAUAUAUUACCAACAUUUGACGAAAUUAAAACAGCAAUUUUUAAAUUGAAAAAUAAUAAGGCUCCUGGUGAGGAUAACGUAACGGCAGAGCUGUUAAAAAUGGGUGGUGAGGAGCUUCAAAAAAGUAUACAUAGAUUAAUAUGUAACAUUUGGCAACAAGAGGCUAUACCUAAAAAGUGGAAUAUGGGUUUGAUUUGUCCCAUACACAAAAAGGGUGACAAAACAGACUGUAAUAAUUAUCGAGGGAUCACGUUAUUAAACUGUAUGUAUAAGGUCCUGUCUAAUGUAAUUUAUGAACGUGUCAAACCAAUGGCUGAGGAGAUAAUAGAUGAAUACCAAUCCAAAAUAGUUUUACAAGGACAAACCUCGGGUGCAUUUGAAAUUAAAACUGGUGUGAGACAGGGAGAUGCACUAUCUGCACUAAUGUUUAAUCUUCUUCUACAACAUGCUUUAGGAAAAUUUUAUACUGAUGGUAACAUUUUUUCAAGAACGUCACAAAUAAUGGCAUAUGCAGAUGAUGUUGUUAUAAUUGGGAGAAGUGUCAGGGCCAUGUGUGAAGCGUUCGUAAAAAUCGAAAAUGAAACAUCAAAAAUCGGUUUAAAAAUAAAUGAGGCAAAAACAAAAUACCUAGAAAUGUCUAGAACACCGAGAAGGCGACAAUUACAAAAUAUGACAAUUGGUCAAUACAAUUUCGAACGUGUAACAAGUUUUAGCUACCUUGGGGCUGUAGUUGGCAACGACAAUAGUAUGCACUAUACCAUAAAUGAUAGAAUACAAGCGGGCAACAGGAGCUAUCACGCCAACAAGAAACUCAUACAAUCGAAUCUACUGUCCAGACGAACCAAGCUAAUUAUAUAUAAAACAAUUAUACGUCCAGUUGUGACAUAUAGUAGUGAGACAUGGUCAAUGACAAAUGGUGAUAUGCUAGCCCUGCGAAUAUUUGAGCGAAAAAUAUUAAGAAAAAUUUUCAAAGCAAGAAGAUUGGAUAAUGAUGAAUAUGAAAGACGAAGCAAUAGUGAAUUAGAGCAGUUAAUAGGGGGAGAAGAUAUCGUUAGAUUUAUAAAAUCACAGAGAUUAAGAUGGGCAGGACACGUGGCCCGAAUGGAUGAUGAAAGGGCACAGUUCAAGAUUUUUAAUGGUCGUCCUUACCUCAGUCGUGCAAGAGGUAGACCAAGAACAAGGUGGGUCGACAAUGUAGAAAGCGAUGCGCGAAAGCUAGGGAUCCAAAAUUGGAAAACAUCGGCGCAGGAAAGGACAACUUGGAGGCAAAUUGUGCAGAAGGCCAAAGCCUACCCCGGGCUGUAG